AUGAGUUCUUUAAUUGAACAUACGGAAUCAGAAAUGACCUUGACAGUUCUUGGUUGUGGAACAAUGGGUAUAGGAAUUCUCUCUGGAAUACUUAGCUCACUCAAUAUUCCUCAAACCCCAAACCCCAUUCCUCUAACCACAUCAGGAACCUCAACUCCCGCCUACCCAAACGAGGCACCCACCUUUCCCCCCUUCAAAGUCAUCGCCUGCGACCGUCGCCCCGAAUUCACAAAAAAAAGUACAACAAGCAUUGUCCUCCCAUCUCCUCACAACCAACAUCGUCAUCCUCCAAAACGAGAAUGUCCUCGCCGUGCAGCGCGCCGCUAUCAUCCUCCCAGCCUGAAAACCCUAUACAAUAAACGAGAUCCUAUCCGAGCCCGGCAUGGCACAAGCUUUAGCCGGUAA